GAAAAUAGAUGUUAUUAAAAUAUAUUUAACUUAUGCCCUGCUAGAAAAUAUUCUUGGAUUGCGCCUCGGACCAUAUUAAUAAUGAGUUUGUAAAGUGUGCAACUGUGGUUAUGACAUGGGUUCUUUCAACUCCCUUGAUCUGAUAAUGAUCUUAAUCGUUGCCACUGCAUUUCUUCUUGGUGCUAAUGGCAACAAGCUAACUCCACUUCACUACUCCCAAACAUGUCCUCAAGCAUUGUCCAUUGUCAAGGGCGAAGUAGCUGCAGCUAUAGAAAGCGAAACACGAAUCGGUGCUUCCUUACUCCGACUUCAUUUCCAUGACUGUUUUGUCAAUGGCUGUGAUGGAUCUAUUUUGCUAGAUGAUACGGCCAACUUUGUGGGAGAAAAAACAGCAGCUCCCAACAACAACUCGGUCAGAGGGUACGAAGUGGUCGACCACAUUAAGGCCAAGCUUGAGAAAGCCUGCCCGGGAGUAGUGUCAUGUGCUGAUAUACUAGCCAUUGCUGCUCGUGAUUCUGUUGUUCAUCUAGGAGGUCCUUCCUGGAAAGUUAAGUUGGGAAGAAGAGACUCAACCACUGCCAGUAGGAGCCUUGCAAACACAUCUAUUCCCUCACCAAUCUCUAACAUAAGUCGUCUUAUAUCAAGUUUCUCUUCACAAGGGCUUUCCUUAAAGAACUUGGUAGCUCUCUCAGGUUCUCACACCAUUGGUAUGGCUAAAUGCACAUCAUUCAGGGCACGCAUCUACAACGACACAAACACCAUCGAAGCCUCUUUCGCCAAGUCAUUCCAGAGAAAGUGUCCAGCAAAUGGGAAUAACGGUGACAACCUUGCUGAACUUGAUCACCAAACUCCAACUCAUUUUGAUAACCUUUACUUCAAGAACUUGCUGAAAAAGAAGGGUCUUCUACAUUCAGAUCAAGCUCUCUUCAAUGGGACUUCUUCUGUUGAUUCUCUGGUUAAAAGAUACGCAAACAACAACGAGGCAUUUUUCAAGGCCUUCGCUAUGGGUAUGAUCAAAAUGGGAAACAUAAGUCCUCUUACGGGAAACAAAGGCCAAGUCAGAGUUAAUUGCAGAAAAGUCAACUAGAGGAAGAUGUUAUAGUUUAAAAUGUAUUUCCUUUUAUAAGUUCAAAUAAAGAGUCAGUGAAAGGUUAUGUAAGAAUGUUCAAUCAAAUGCAUAUUGUGUGUAACGUUUGCAGUACUACAAAAUUAGCUUUUCCGAAUGAAAACUGUUAAAAAAAGUUAAGCGGAGAUUUUUGUUAAAAAAAGUUAAGAGGAGAUUUUUCCCAACAAUUUAGAACCGAAGCAAAGAUAUACCCUUGGGAAAAAUAAAUGCCAACCAUUAUAAAUGUUGGGAAUACUUACUUAAUAUCCCAUGUUUGAUUUAGUAUAUAAAAAAAGAAUUCUUUUUUUUUUUCUU